CGGAGUCUGCAGCGCGCGAAAGUUGUAUAUGCGACGCGUAGCGUGUGUCAUAUCGGGCCCGUACAGGAUUUCGUUCGGGCGUCAGUGCUCUGCGAUCGACAGUUUCUUUAUCUCUGUGCAACGUAAUGUGACAAUCGGGACGCACGCCUCAGUUCGUGAUCGAUAUCGAUUCUCGCGGUAUCGAACGUGGAUAAAUAGAUCGCAAGUGUCGCUGUUGUCGUUUUUCGUUUCUGUAACUCGUCGAACGCGUUACCACGUGAUUUUUCUCUAGAAAGUUUGUAACGCGGAGGCAACCGUGUUUUUCGUGCGGCGAUUUACAGUGAGUGUUUUGAUCAUUUCCGGAGUGUGAUUAAUUUGCGAGUCGUUCCGUGAGCCCUCGAUGUAUAUCGAUAUAUACACGAUGUACGCGUUGCGGUGAAAACGGAGGGAAAAAGAAUUUAAGCGGGAGUGGCGUUGGUAGUUUCGUUCGUUUCGUUUCGUUUCGUGGAUCGGCCACUCUCUGUCUUUGUGUGUGUCGCAGCUGCGGCGUCUCUUGCAACCGGCUAAAAGAAACAGAGAAGGAAAAGGAGCAAGGUUGCUGGUGGCGGCUCCGAUUGACGGAUAGGAUCGUUCCAGCUUCCAGCAGCGGGCAGAGCGUCCACCUUGUAUGGCAGUACGUACAUUGAAAGCUGGUUGAAGUUUUAAAGCGUAAAAUCCUCUAUGGAAUGGAGCCUUCACACAUUUCCAUCCCAUGAGGAACAGGAAGAUCGAGAUUUUCGAGGUGUUUUCCACGAAGGAUGGAGUAUCAUAGCUCUCGGGCUUAUUCAUUUCGAAGUUAUGCAUCGUAAGGUAUAGGUGAGAAAUAAGAAAGGCGGAGAAAGUGGAGGGCAAUUUUGUGCGUCUGCUCGAAGAAAAUGGUGACUACGUAGAUUCUUCUUACACGAAGAUUACAUGCAGUGUCACGCGUCUGCGGGGAUUGCCGCCACUUACGUCGACGAGGAAUCUUCGAGUCAGCGAUCAGGAGCGACAUAUUGAUGCGCCGACGAUCGAUCCACGGACCAAGUGACGAGGCACAGACGCGCCGCCAAGAAAAUCUUCACAGACAAUAUUUCCUCGGCAAAGUGACGCUCAAGGCGGUCACGGAUUUCUCGCUUCUGUCUAAAUUAAGGAAAUCCUCGGGAUGGAGCUAAGAACGGCGAAACUGUUACUUUACUCAACACUGGUGGUCGUGGUGUGUUGGAGCCAGGAAUAUUGGACGGCGCAGUGUUCGUCGUCGUGCAAGUGCAGAUGGAUCUCCGGCAGGAAGACCGCCGAAUGCAUCAAGCAGAAUCUCACGCAGAUACCCAGCAGUUUGUCGCCAGAGAUUCAGAAUUUCGAUUUGACCGGGAAUCGUAUCAUGCACCUGAUGCACGACUCGUUCAGUCGGGUGCAUCUAGUCAAUCUUCAGAAGUUGGUGCUGCGAAAAUGCGAGAUCGAGUCGAUCCACACGGACGCGUUCAACGGCCUGAAGAUCGUGAUUGAGAUCGAUUUAUCAGGAAAUAACAUUAAAACCUUGUAUCCCGGUACGUUCAGGGAGACGCAACGGUUAAGGGUGUUGUUGUUGAACGAGAACAAGCUGAAGGUGUUGGAAAACGGUUUGUUUCACGAUCUCGCGUAUCUACAGAAGGUGAUGCUGUCUAACAACGAGUUAGAGCGAGUGGAGGAGGAAACCUUUCGUAAUCUUCCGGAAUUGCGAUUGUUGACCUUGGAUGGGAAUAAUCUGAGCGUAUUGAGGGUGCAGAGCUUCGAGACGUUGCCGAAGCUUGGCAGCCUAGAGCUGCAUAACAAUCCAUGGAAUUGCAAUUGCCGUCUGAAGAAAUUUCGCGAUUGGACGAUAGAACGAAAGCUGUACACGAAACCCACCACAUGCCAACAGCCAGCUACCCUUGCAGGGAAGAUGUGGGACGAAGUCAGCAGUGACGAAUUCGCUUGCCGACCUGAAAUCUUCACGAUAGGGCCGUCAGUGAAGAUCGAAGUUGGCAAAGGCAACGUCACCUUUUGGUGCAGGGCUUCUGGGAUCCCACGACCGCAGUUGGCCUGGGUACAUCGGUCGAGAAUUUUGAACAAUCAUACGAGACGACACAACGGAGAGAAAAACUACAUCCUGAAAUCGAGCCACGAAUGGCUGAACCUCACGAUACCGGACGUUAUUCCUUCGGACAAGGGUGAUUACGUCUGUCUAGCGAAAAGUCCGGGCGGAAAUACAGAGAAGAACGUGACCCUGACUAUCGCUGGUGACGCCAUGGGCGGCAAGGACAAUAUAAUUAGUCUGCCUCUCGCGCUCGGUUUUGGCGUGACCGCGUUGCUACUUCUGGUGGUGACCGUGUCCUUUUGCGUGUGCUAUUGUCGUCGUCGACGAACGAGACACGACGAGAAGAGCUUAGAGGCCGCCUCGAUGGAGCACCACGGCCUCGGUGAACAGGAGAAGUCCCUCAUCACGACUAUAAAUCCCGUGGUGAAGCCACCCAGACGAUACGAAGCGCCUUCAGUGACGUCGCACGGCACCGAGAUGACAGAGCUGAACCGUACAUUGCUCGACAACGACUCAGUCUUCGCUGAUGGUAUCGGUGGCGGUGUCGGCAGCGGAGUGAUCGGCGGCGUCGGCGACGACGAGAGGGAAGAACGAGCGACGCCAGAGCUCGAGAGCGGAACCGGCACCAUGUGCCGCGGAGGAGGCGGAAGCUACCGCCAGUAUCCGCCGGAUCUGUUGGCCUUCUCCGGCGGUCGAGGCGCAUCGCCGACGAGCCAGGCGUCCACCGCGCCCGACAACACGCGUCUUCCGAGUCAACAUGUGACACCCACGACAGCCGCGUUUGCCUCACCCUCGAACCAAUAUCCAGCAGCUUUCAAGACUUUGCCGCACAACCGUAGUGUUACACCCUAUGGAAUUACGAGCUCGUCGAUCGCACCUGUAAUGCCACGUCAUGGCUACGUGACGAUACCACGCAGACCAAGAGCACCCAGCUGGAGCAGCGGACCACCCACAUCGCCUACGGACGGAUUGGAGCCGGUUUACGAUAAUUUGGGAUUAAGAACGACCGCUGAUGGUAGUUCGGUCCUAUCGUUGAACAAAAGUCCCGAACCGUUGUCCUCGAUGAGGAAUCGACCUCUGCCUGGAACGCCAGGCUCGCACUACGGUACGAUACAGCGGAGCACACCAAAUAUAUUGACCAGCAGUCCACUCGAUAGAGCCGCUCCGGAAGGUGCAGCCGAAUGGCCAACCAAACUCGCUGACGAAUCGACCGACAGUAAUCAUCUUGUUGGACAAGCCCAACCGCAACAGCAACAACAAUCCGGUAGUAGCAACACGUUAGGAAGAAAAGUACCACCGAGACCACCCCCGAAACCUAAGAAGAAGUCCACCAACGGUCCCCUGUACGAGGACGAGGGCGAAGACGGCACAGAGGUAUGAUCGACGUAUGUCGGUCGACGAAGAUGAGGCCGCGAGGUCGUGGCCGUGCUGAGGAGGAGAGACGCAUGACCGAAGCCACAUUAAACCGGUAGUGCCUUUCAAGUUGAAACGACCCCCUCGAUACGCGGCGGGUCGAUAUUCGGUCGGAGCGCGUAAGUUCCGCCGGCGAACGUGCUGACGAACGAGCGUGCCGGGGGCUUCCACAUCCGGUGAACAUGGUUCGUCGGGUAAACCGCUGACUUUGGCGGAGAAACACCAGCAAAAUUUUUCGGACGAGACGCCUUUGCCGGUUAUUCUUUCUUUGUUCAUCGUGUAUCCUCUCUGUCUCUUUUUAUGUAUUUUAUAAUUUAUUCGGUUCGCGGCGCAUGACAGGGUUUCCGAUCGGGUGGAGGACAAGCAUAUAUUAUGUGAUUCGUGAGAUCGACACGCGGAUUCUCUACAUAGGGCAACGCAACGGCGAAUAACGCGAAUAACGAGAGAAGUGUCGAAGCGAUCGAUCGAAAAUCGACUAUGUCUUUCAAGAUCGUUUUACAAUUUCGGGGAGGAACAUUCGAUGAAACGUUUUUUUGAAAGAAACAAUCUCGACGAUACGAUGGAUACAACAAAACGCCACGAACGCUCGUGAUUGGUUUUACUACGUGUAACGAGAAAAUUAGUGGAUAGCGGGUUGUGCCGUUCACGGACGAUCAUAGACAGAAUUCAUGUAAAAUACAACGUAACCGGACAUUAGCAUUAAGGAUAAUGUCUCCAUAUGGAGACGUUCGUCUUAUUUAUUGACGUGCUUGUUGCAUGCCUAACGAAGAUCGCAUUCAAACCGCAGCAUCAUGAAACGAUGCGUUCUUUUAUACGAUCUAUUUGCAAAACGAUCAUGUGAUCGAUACCUCUUAAUUUUUUUUAUUUCUAUAUAUUUCUUCCUUGUUUUAUUAUUAUUAUUUAAAUUUUGUACUUCUGCCGAUGUGUACUGUGCUAUCGAUCAUUUUUACACGAUAUUUCGACUUUGUUAUUGUCCUUUUUUAUCCUCCAAGGAAGUGCAAAACGAUACUUUGGUUUUCUACUUCUCUUAGGUUUAAGAUUAUGUUUCUUUAUUGUUUUAAUUACAUAUUACAUAUUACGCAUUGGUACUUGACCGCAUCGAACCGGUAUCUGUUUUAGCGAUAUGUAAAUCGGAAUUAAGAGUAACGCACGGGAAGCCAUGUGCAUGGUUCCGCACUAUGUAAAAGAAAACGUAUUCAAGUAACGGAGAUGUUAGAAUAACUGUUUCUAGUAACGUUGACAGAAACGCAUACGUAAAAUCUUCCGAUUAUAUUCGUUGUUAAUGGUAAAAUAUCACAGAUGUUUCAAUCUGAGUGUUACGAGGUCGUAAAUCGGUAUGAAAAGAUCGGUCCUAUGGAUUUUCUCGAGAGUAGUGGCGCGGUUUACACGAUCGACGUUAUAAGAUACCGUGAUCAAAUUCAUGUUAUUCUCGUCCCUCGAAACUACUCAGAAAUAUUUUAAUAUUUGCGCAAGGCCAUGCUACUUCGUAUCUACGAAGAGAGAUCUCAGUGUACGUGCAUUUUUCCUGGCGAAUCGCCGAAUGUAUGUUGUAAAAAGAAAUCAUCGUACAGCUUGUACAUACAAUGUGUAUUAUACUACUUAAGAAAUAGCUCGUCUAUCCUCUAAUGGUUCGAUCUGACUAAGGUUUCGCCGAACCGUACGUGAAACAAGUGAUUCUGCACGAAAAUUUCUUUGAAAAAGAAUGGAAAUGGCGACACGUGAAAGCAAGGCGCGUCUAAUCCUUGAGUUAGGGAUACAACGUAAAUCGAUCUUAGAACUAACGAAGAAAGAAAGUGUCGUAUACGUAAAACACGAAGAACUGUAUAUGCGAUUCGCGCUUAAUUAACAGAUUUAAUUUAAAAAAGUGUACGAGGAAAAGAAGCUGUACAUUCAAAGCGAUUGAUCGUGAAUUAUUUCUUCCGGCUCCAUAGAACGCGUGACUCAAACUUCCUUUUCAUCGAACUUCGAUAGCUUCGAUUACGUCUUUCGUGUAGGUUCCUCGAGUUUUGGGGAAAUUCACGAUACUUUCCGGCCAUCGAUCUGUCUUGCGUGUCAAACGAAAUGCAACAUGACCGAAAGGCAAACAUUUUUAGCCAAUUCAGUAUUCUAAUGGCCUUACAGAUAUACAGAAAGGAUCAUUCUUGGACUAAACGUUUAUCGCUCGUAAGCUACAUGAACUCGUUAUACUUUCUGUACGCUUUAUCCGGAGCUUAACGUUGCAUUCCCGACUUUGGCGAGGAUUUAGGGAUCGAUCGUUCGCGCAACUUGUUGCGAACACACGAAUCCUCAUCCUGUAACGCUAGUUCUAACGGAAGAGUCCCUUCAACGACUUUGAAUAUUCCUAACAGGCUUCCCGUUUUCUCAACGAAUCUUCCAAGCACCAGGAAACGCUUCAAGAUAAUUAAACGGUUUCAAGCGGCUUUAUUUUUUCAUAAAGCAUUCGCUAAUUCUGAAUUUACAACGAACAAACAUUUGCUUUUGUGGACCUUUCUUCGUUGGAUUUUUCCUCUCUGAAAGCGAUCUUUUAAUUAUUAAAAGCAACGUAGCUUGCGCAUUAUUAACCUGAGUUUGUUUGUUAAAAGCACAGGAUGUGUCACGUAAUUGGAAAGAUUUGAACGCUCUGUUUGUUUGAAAAUAGUAUAAAUGGAAGAGAAAAAUGUUGAGUGGUACAAAUUAUUUUCAUAUUCUGUCUUUCGCUUGAAACAGGAAGACGCAUACUUUUGUUUAAUCAAGCUAAUCCCUCGAGUAUUGUAUUAAAAUAAUUUUUCCAGAAUGUUCCAAUUACAAAACUACAAACUAUUCGUAAUUAUUAUUUUAUACGAUAAUUUUCAUAAAGUUAAAUAACGUUAAAUAAAGAUAAAUACGAUAAAAAGAAUCGAGCUCCAUUAAGAACAUUUUAAACCAUAUUAACGUUCUUUGCUAUGUGCUAAAUAUUCAAAAGACUUCACUUGCAACAAAAAAGUGAUAUCGUAUCUAAAAGAUCAGACGUUACAUUCUAUUAUAAUUAUUAAAAGAGCGAAAUAAUAAAUUUUCGAGAUAAAUUUUGUCAACUCUUUUUCUAUCACUUUAUCUAUUUUCAGUCAAAUAGAAGGUACCAUUCUUUAUAUGCAUAUUUGAAGAAAGAAGUCUUAUUCUUCUUUACAACUACUUGGGUAAUGAUAAUGACGUGUCAAUUUAUGAAACAAAGGGUUUCGUCGUGAUAGCGACGAAAUAUCUUCCCCGAGCGUCAUAACGCACCUAACAGUAUUACGAAACGAAUCUAAGGACGAUGAUGCGAUGCCGAUGGGACGGCACGGAGAAAAUCGCGGCGCGAUCGUGUAACUUCGUUUCCUCAGCUACGUUUUAACAAAUAUACAAUCUAUUAACGUAAUAUUCUUAAAAGGAGAGCAAGAAGAGAAGUUAAUAUAAAAUAGGUGCCAAUGUACAGUUAUCUCUUACUAGUUGUUCUGGAAGUAAGAAUUUACUACGAAUAGUCUUUGAAAACCUUUGUAAGGAGAAAAUUUAAUGGAGAAGAAAUUUGUGUGUUUUACUCGUACUUGUUAGAUAAUAGAUGUUAAACUUUGUGAAUAGAGGAUUGCGAUGCUGUAAUUCACGAUGUUGUAGGGAUUAAUUGAAGGAGGAGUUGUAACAGAAAAUAACAAUCAUUUUCUCCUUUCAUUUUUUAGAACAAUUACACUCUUCAAAUAUUUCUAUUAUUUUCGUCCCGAUAAACUUCACUUUCUACGAACGCAAUUAUCUGUAAACGUUAAAUCUAAUUUCACACUAUCCUCCAAAAUUAUUUAUGUAUAUAAAUGUUUCCUAUUUCAACUUCAAAUUAAAAGUCUCUAAGAUGGUAAUCAGUCUUAUGACUCAACUUACAACAUUGGAGAUUUGUUACGUAAAAUCUCUAACACUUGAAAAUCGAACGAAUAAGGAAACCAGCAAUGUGUACAAAAAUUUCCGAUGAAUGAUCUCGAACGCUUCUUCGCACAAAGAUCACCACAAUCAACCGGAAGCGAGAUUACACGAACGAAUCGUCGCGAAUUAUUUUAAGCGGCCUAGCAGAGUCGCGGCUUGUCCGAUCCAAUUGUUGUGCCACGCCCUGUAAAUACACACGGACCUUAAUUGCACGCUAAUUCACGACGUUGUUUAUAUGUAAAUGUAGGCACGUACGAAGCAAGCGUGGCACGACCGGUUGGUACGGCGCCACGAGUAUAUUUUUGUAAUUUUGUAUUUUGACGAAUUCUCCGACUACGAUUCGUACCCACGACAAUCGCGCGGGGAAGAUACGCUUCGUCUGUAUUCCACGUUCUUAGUCCCAAGGAAUUAACCGGAUCCAGAAAGCGAUUCGCGCAGCUGUAAAAUAUGUCGAGACGGUCGUUAGAUUCCUAGGAUUUGCCUUGUCUGCGAUCAUCUCCUCGUUUAAUUCCUCGUCGUGUGUAUGCACAGGUUCUCUACACCGAUUUCUUGAUUCGCACUGGCGCUUACAUAUGUAACGGUGUAUUUGUCGAGAUUACGAUUCGAUUUGAAUUCCAGUAUAUAAGGGACGGUUGGCUAAAUAUAACGUCGCGUGGAUGUUUUUUGAAGGUUGAUUCUUCAUCCUUGAUUUUUCAAGAGCGAAAGAUGCUUAGUUUUAUUUGAGAUUUAAGGAGAUACAAAUGAGAAAUGAUCUUAGUUUAUUUUUAAAUAUAAAUAUCGACGUAAGAGGGAAACAUUGUCGUUUAUUUUCACGAUGCUAAGGAUUUAUUUUCAUUUCUUGAAAAUAUUCAGUAUACUUUACUGUUUGUCCCAGAAUAAUGAUCACGCCGUCGAAGAACUAAUUUUGCACCUUGAAACUUGUAAAAACUCGCAGGGAAAUUCGUACCACGUGUCGCGUUAAUUGCUUCGAAGCACGUUUGCAACAAUUGUCGUCGAAAAUUUAUCGAUUCGAGAAAAACUUCUUUAGUCCCCAAAGAGAGCAAGUAGAAGGAACGCUGUUCGUCGAUGAGAUUUGUUUCGCAUUGAACGCGUUCGCGUGAACGCAACCCUUCUCGAUUCCCCGCCAUAGUUUCCUCCACAUAAUGAAUAGCGGUACGAUCGUACACGCGAAAAUAGAACGUAUACGAUCCCCGCAAUUAUAACGUAGGGGGUCAACCCCGUCUGCUCUAUGUACUAUUAGCUGUGACGUGUUUACCAGGGAUGCGCAUGACGAGCCAAUACCAGUCAGCGUGUAAUUAUUAUGGCGAGGAUACUUCGUGCGCGCAGUUAGGCUGUUCGUCGUUUUAAUGACACUCCCUCUUUGAUCCUCGAACGUUGCAAUAACAUGGUUUAUGCGUCUUUCCAUUCUACUCUACCAACUGAAAGCACGACUUAGAGGCGAUAUCAUUCGUUCUCUAUCGUCCUUCGUGAGCAGACCAUUUUUCCAAUCGAUAGACGCGUACAGAUAUUCCGAUCCUUCGUCAACGUCUAUCUUCUAAUGACUCUGCGUAUCUACCUGUCAGGUAUAUAUCCGCUUGAAGUCAUUACGCCGUGGCGGAAAUUAAAGUCGAGGAGGAGACAGAAAGAGAACGUGAAGCGGGUUGAAGCGGUGGAGAAAGACGGUGCCUAAAGUCCGUGUAAUUGCGAAUGUCGAUGCGUUCUCGUGAGGACACGUCUCGGUUGGUAUUUUUAAUGAGGCACACGCGAGAUUUUCUCGUUUCGAGACUAGAAGCGAUCCGAGGGCGUUGGAAACAGGUGAAAAGACUGCUCGCGACGUCGACGAGGACAUUAAUAGAGCGACGCUGAAAGGACGACGUCCCGGCACUUGUUACCGGUUUUCUGGUUGAAUUGUGGAAUUAUCGAGCGUCGAUGGGAACGCGUAAUGAGCCCUGUUUCUCGUCCGCCGCUAUCGACGAACCACAGCCCGAGCGAACGCGGCUUGGCCACGUUUUAAUUGCCAGAUAAAGUUUGCCCGAGGUGGAAAUAUUAAAAAUUCGAUUUAGUCAAUUGUUUGCGAUGUCGAUUUAGCUCGACGAUUGCGGGAGAAAAGGGGUAACGAGAACACGCAGUGUUUAAUGUAAAAUUAUAAUUCGGCCUUGACUAAUUAUUUUUGUGCAGUUUGCUAAUGAACUUGCAUGGGCACAAUAGUAGAAUCACUUUUUGAUAGAUGUACCUGGAAUGAUUGCAUAAUUUCCUGUAACUUAUAGACACGUUUUCCGGCUUAAUUAUUCAUGGGUUACAACAUAAUAAUCGAAAGGAUGAAAAUGUUUCAUAAUACAAGUUUCGGCUUUUUACUUCGUGGUAUAGAUGCUGACGAAAAAUAUUGAUACAUUGAAAAAACGUCAGAACUGGUGUUAGAAUAAUUUUUUUCUUUAAAAAAAAAAAAAAAAAAUGAAAUUGCGUAAAUCGACCAGUUGCAUUUUGCGUCUUAUGCUGCCAGGGAUGUACUUAAAAAUCACGUGGUUUUUUCGUCCAUCUAAUUUUCAAAGCGCCACAAUAAUAUGGUAAUUAUCGUCUUCAUCGAAGAUGUAUCGGAAAUUGUAUAUAAUAUUCUUAGUUUCGUCACCGAGAUAUUGGCGCCAAGUUCUUGAUUUACAUCUGUAGGGGUGCAGGCGAAAGUACCGUCCAAUACACCGAUCCGACUAUAACAAUCCGGAGGUUAGACGCAUGUAAUUAAUUUUAUUUCACUGAUAGAUGCGGAUGUUUCAAAAUGUAGUAUUUCGAGAGAAUUUCAGACCGAUCGUUUUUAUGAUAAAUUUUUUAUAUAAUGUAUUAAUAUUAUUUUUAUUAGAGAGAGAUUUAUAAAUUUAUCUGCCACACAUAAUUGACGGAAACAAUUUCUUUGGAACAAAUAAAAUUAUAGGACUAAAUACAAUGGUAUUCUUUUUGGAAGUUGAUAAAUUACUGUCGUUCAAUUAUAGCCAUUUAAAUGAUAAAUUCGGUAAUAUGAAUGCAUUUAAUACUUCUAGAAUGGAAGCUAAGUGUCUCGCAAAUGUUUAUUCUAUAAUAAGGUAUUCAUUCGAGAAGCACCCACGAGAAAAACGAAUAAUGUUGAAUACAUUCCAAAAGGGACGAUAAUAAUCUUCCUAAUUAUCCUAUUUCCGUUUUUAAACGCAUUUUUCAGCCGUAUUCUCACUGGUUCUUUCAAGUUUAGUUCAUAUUCCGAGAGAGUUUAUAACAGCUAACUAAUUCUCGGAAAUGGAAGAUAAAACGCUAAUUUGAUUCAGUACAUGGCUGAUGGUAUGAAAAUCGCUAGCAACGAUACAAGUCUGAUAAAAAAAUUAAAUUUCUCUUAACGUCAAAGGUCAUCUCAAAAUUGAAAUUAUAAAUUUCUAAACGAGUGAUAAACUCUUAAACUUAAUUUCCGAGCAUUAAACGUAUGCUGCUAACGAUAUUCUUGCUUGAUAGUUUGAAUCGUGUAAAUUUAAGCGUAUCAUGUACGUAUCAUAUCUGUUUAAAUGCCGUUCGUUUGCAUGUGCUGAGAAUCGCGUAAAAUUUUGUAUAAUGUUCGCAUCUGUUUAUUCGUCGAACUGUUUUAACCAUUCUUCGAAGACUGAAACUUUUGUAAUUGAAAAACUACGUGAUUCCGUUUUGUGUAACUUACUCGAUCCAAAGGAAUUGCGCUCACGACAAAAACAUAAAAUGGUUGAAUAUAACUUCCAAGGUGAUCUACGCGAUGUUCGCGCAAGAACAAUUUUCUUGGGUUAAUUAAACAUUAAACGGUCAUGCUUUGAAAGCUGUUCGAACAAAUACUGUUCUAUGGGAAGACUUCAUCGCGACUCGUUACAUGAUGCGAUAAAGGUUUGAUGUAAACCAGCGUUGUCCAGACUUUAGAAUGUUCCCCUUAAAUGGUUGAAGUCUCCUUCGUCACACUGUGGAAACAUUGGUUGAUGCCACGUUAUGUAUUAAAAAAAAUACAUACUGGUGAAACCUCUGUUUCUGGUGAAAAUACGAAGGAGCUUAAAAAGAAGACAGAUAUACAUAUAUAGAAAGCUUUUUUAUUUACGGAUGAUGCUGGUAUAAGUCUCAAAUCAAUUAGUUACUCAAGGCUACUUCUCUGAAUUUUGGAGCAUGUUUGUGAUGAAGAAUUUGAACCUUGUGUCUUUAAAGUUGGCACAAAAGAGAUAAAACAUAAAGUAGCCUUGAGCAGUCAACUGAUCUGUAGCAAAUACUAUUUCAAAUAGUUCUAAAUGGGAAAAAGAUUAUGCUUUCUCGAUUGAUCGCUCGAAUCGUGUCCUAAUCAUCGUUGAAACUGCCUAACUCAUUCCAUCGCCACCUGUUUAAAGAAUAUACAUAUUAAAAUAGGACUUUCCACAUGUAUACUGUAACGUGUAACGAUAGUACCGUGCAGAACACGAAGCAUGUUCCUGACGAAGUGUUGUUAGGGCGCCGUUUUCUGUGGAUCAGCCGCGUCCAGGUUUCUCGUACUUGAUGAGCGUGUACGCGGACUUUUAUGGGGCCGAGUUAUGAAUAAAUGACGUUUCAUUAACAUAUUUUCGUAUCUCGUACAGCUCUAAGUUGUACAGGAUAAGAACGCUUUAAAGUGUUUUUAUCAUAAAUAGGGAUUAUUAUAAAUGUAAAGGAACUAUGUUUGCGUGUCACGAUAUAGGUGUAAGAAACUCUCUAGGGAGAACGUAGCGAUCAAGAAUUUUUCUUUUACUUUAGAUUGUAGAUGACAUAGGAACGUUAAGGAUGGAUAAUCGAGAUAAAAAUCUUUGCGAAUGUUGAUCAUGUCUUCUUUUUUCUAUUUUAUUACAUAUUCUCUUUUUAUUAAUUUUCGCGUUAUUAUUAUUGCUAUUAUUAUUGAUAAUAUUUACCGUCGUUAAUAUUUAAUAUUUCUAUCGAUCUAUUGGAUUUAUAUCGUUAUGUUGCGCUGUUAUUAUCAUUGUGAUCAUUAUUAUUUGUAGGAAGUUUUGCCAGAGAAAUUGUACUACUUGCCUUGUAACGGAAUUUAGUUUUAUUCUGUCAACAUUUCGGCUGAUUAUAAUUUAUACGCUAUUGUCAAUGUACUAUGUAUAUCAUUGUAAAUACUAUACAUAUUUUAUAAAUGAAAUAUUUAGCGUGACUGUAAUAUUAAGAGAAUGUACUGAAAGCACCACUCUGUACACUCCACGAUGGUUAAAUUUUAAUAAAUAUUUCCCAACCCCA